AUGCACCAAAACCCAGUGUCACCAGCCCGGGGUCAGCCUGUGAAGCCGAGCAAGCCAGCUGCCGCUUCUGCGGCGAGGCGCGGAGCAGGGGGGAAGAGGUUAAGGUCUAGGAGUGCUCCAAAAGAGAGGCGGAGGGACGGGGGGAGUGAAGGAAAGUUUCAAACCCCGAAGAGCUGGGAUAAACCAACAGGGAAAGGUAGAGGGGGUGUUGAUGGUGAGAAGAAAGAAGUAAGGGGUGAAGGGCAAGGGGAGAGUUCCUUGCAACGGGAGCUGGAAAAGGCAAUGCUUGAGAAUCUGCAAGAGCAGAAUGCGAAGCUCAUGAGAAAGCUGAGCAAGCUUGAAGCGAAGCUGGACGCGGAGAGAAGUGAGAACAGCCAAGCAAGCAAGCACGACAACACUCAAAGCACAGCAAACCAGCAGCCUGAACCCAAAACACCACCACACAACACACCCAUGAUGACGCCGUUGUCACCGUCGGCAGCAAUUCGAUACACACCAGGAGGAACAAGAGUCCCAUCAGGACCACCGCCUGAAGACAGACCUCAGAUCCCUGAGUGGCCGGAGUCACUGAAGUUCUAUGAAGUGAAGGAAGAGGAGAGAACAACAUUCAGGGACUGCAGGCAAUGGGAGCCGGGGUUGGGGUUACAGAGGACUGGGCGGGGGCGAUGGGGCAACAAGGAUAUGGGGAGUGGGAGUGGUGGCAUGGGAGGGAGCUCCAGCAGGAAAGCAAUGGGGAGCAACCACACCAGCAGACACACCACAUACCGCCCAACAAGCAGUGAAGAGAGAGACAGCAAGAACAUCACAAACCAUCAGCAAGCCGCAGCUGAGGAGACAGAGCAUUCAGGGAUGAAGAGAUCUCUGGAGCGAGAGGAAGGAACAGAUGAGGAGGAUGAACAAGUCUGGGCCGAACGAAGGAAAUACUGGCAGAAACCCGUCAGUAAAGGCCCAAGAGGAGCGUCAGCAUCAGGACGAGAGGCGUCCAAAGUUUUGACAGCAGCAGCCAAGGAGAUGAGGGCAAGGAUGUACACCCAGGAGGAGGUUGAUCAGAUGCGGCAGCAACAUGAAGCAAGCAAGAAAAGCGAGCAAAGCAAACCUACCACAUAUGAGCGUGGGGACGAAGGAUUGAGGAGUUUCCCAAUCACGCUUCCGCAGCUGCCAGAGCCCAGCAUUGCCAACGCAUCAUUGGAAGCAGGCGAUUGGCUGACACAGGAGGAAACAGCAAAGCAGUACCACUUAUGGCUAACAGCAGCACCACUGGACAAACUGAAGGUAGCAGCACCUGACAACACCAAGCUAGCAAAAGGCAAUGAGAGACUGGCACAACGUGUGGCAGUCAUGCUGAUGCAAGCAGUACCACAAGGGCUCCGACAGGAGUUGGUAGCAUCCAGGCAGAUGGAAGCAACACAUAUACUCUUUCGAGUAUACAAAGCAUACCAACCAGGCGGUCUAGCAGAAAGACGGCACACACUGUCACAGCUCACCAGCACCAGCACGGCAAAAACACCACAAGAAGCAGUCGCUGCCUUGCGGCUUUGGAAGCGUCAGGCCCAGAGAGCAGUGGAGUUGCAGGUAGCCAUGCCUGACGCAGUCCUUCAAGUCAGAGCCCUCACAACAAUAAUGGAAGACAUGCUCGCCAAGGAUCCACAAGCAUCGUUCCGGGUCAGCUCUCACCGAAUGACCCACGGCAUCGAUGUCGCCCCAUCAACAGGAGACAUCAACCUGUUCUAUGACUUGCUACUGGCAGAAGCAGAACACAUGGUGAUGAGCAACUCUACCACAACACAGGACAUCAGCGGGCAAAGCAAGCCACAUGUGAAAGCACUGCAGGCAAGCACUUACAGCAAAGGCAGAGAGCCUACAUGCAACGAUGCUGGGUGUGUUCAAGCAAAGGACACCGCAAGAGUGAGUGCCCCACAACAAAAUAUGAAGAACAGCCGCAGACAAGAAGGAAAAGGUGGCAGCGAAAACAAGAGCAGUGAAGCCACAGAACAAGAGGAGAAUCAACCAAGCAUCAAAGCAGCAGGAAAAAGCAAUCAGGGCAAAGAAGAUGUGACGGAAGGCACAAGAAGUCAAGAAGAACUGGUGUCGGAAGUCACAAGCCUGCUGAGGUCGCUUCGGGUAGAUAGAGAGGAGCCAAGAAUCGAGAAUGGGUAUGUUGUCAAGUGGGACAGGGAAUCCUGCCGAAUUGAACACGUAAGGCAGGGAAAGAUUCCCAUAGAAAUGAACCAAGGAUGCCCCACGGUGCAAGAGGUGUGGGGAAAAAGGUUGAUGGAAGAAGUAGAAGAAACGGAAAGAAGAAAAGCCAGGAUAAGGGCAAUUAUGGCAUGCGGCGUGAUGGCCGAAGAUGAACACGAGAAGAAGGUGGCUGAACUGCAAGCGCUCUUUCCACAAGUCCCAAUGAGGAUACUGGAAAGGAUCCCGGGGGAGAAGCAAUGGGACCCAGAUCAACUGCCCUUCAACAGAAGGAAAAGAAGGCAGAUACAAAGAGCAAAGGCAGUGGUCAUCAACAUGUGCUCAGGACCCAACACGCAGCGAUGGCGUGACUUGGAAAAAGAAGGAGUGGUGGUGCUCAACCUGGACGUGCUGCUGGGGGUGAAUGUGAUGGACCCACAUGUGGCAGGAUGGUUGGAAAGCAUCAUUGAAAGUGGCAAAGUGGUAGCAUACACUUCAGGGCCACCAUGCAGGUCAGUCUCACUGUGCCGGCACAGAGCACUUGAAGACGGAGGACCGAAGCCGGUGAGGAUGAGACAAGGACCACAGAGGUUCGGCAUACAGGGCAUCACAGCAGGCAUGCAAGAAAUGGCAGACCACGAUGCAGCACUGUGGUUAAAGAACCUGUGGUACAUGAGGAGGAUGAAGCAAAGGAAUGAGGAAGCAGAAGUGAUGCUGGAGCAACCACAAGACCCACAGGAAUGGUGCUCAAAGGCAAAGGAAUGCCCCACCUUCCUCAACUGGCCAGAAACAAGAAGAACAAUCAAAGAUCUCGGUCUGAUGGAGGUCAAGUUUUGCCAAGGAGGUGUAGGUCACGCAACGGCAAAGCCAACAACACUAGCAACAGACAUGCCAGAACUGUUGGAAUUGAACGGCAUUAAGAGCAACAGCAGAAGCAACACAUGGCCCGAGAGCUUGGGGCAAAGAUUGCAGAUGUCCAGGAGCCUGGCAGAGUGGGCACCUGGACUGGUGGAGAUCAUCAAAAGAGCAGUGAGAAGACUGACUCGAGAUCCACCCAUGAUGAAAGCCCUUACGGCAAAAGAACGAGAAGCCAUGAGAGAGUGGCAGGCUCAUGUGGAGAUGAACCACAUGCCAUACAGAAGAGACUGUGGAGUUUGCAUAGAGACGAUGGGAAGAGAUCGGCCAAGAAGAAGACAGAAGAAGCCAGAGCCAUUCACGCUGGCACUAGACAUAGCAGGACCGUAUGUGCCGGGCCACGACCAGGUCCUAUACCACAAGCACAAAUACAUACUCAUUGGGGUCAUGACAAUCCCAAUGUGGAAAGGACGGCCAAUGGUUGAAGGACUGAGGAGACUAGCCGGCGAUGAAGAGCCCAUGGCCGAGAUCCCAAGUCCACCAGAAGAAUCAGAAAAGCAGGAGGACAACAGAGAGGCAAGACAAGAAGAGCAGGCAGGGCAGCCUGGAGAACAAAGAGAUGGGCGAGAAGAACCAGAUGACCCAUUCCUAGCUAUUGAAGAGCUAGACGAUGAAGCGGAGGAGAAUCCUUUUAAAGAGGAAAGUCCAGAAGAAGCCGAAGAAAUUUCAGAGGCACAGGCCAAGGACUGUGAUGAAAGAAACCAAAAAUGGAAAGAAUUCAUGACAGACACUGAAGAAAUGCCAGUUCAAUCACUGACAAUGGCCGUACCUAUACGAUCCAGGAAGUAUGAAGAUGUAGUCAAAGGAGUGGCAAGGAUCGUGGCCAGAAUGAGAGCACUACACAUACCACUGAACAGAAUACACACAGAUCGAGGCCAGGAAUUCUGCAGCAAGGAGUUCCAGAAGUGGAUACAGAGCAGAGAUCUGUGGCACACCACAACAGCAGGUGACGAACCGUCAUCAAACGCAAGAGCAGAGAAUCACCUGAAACUCUUACAAGGAAGAACAAGAACAUUGAUGAAAACAGCCAAGUGCGAUGUCACAUACCGGCCACUGGCAUUGCGAUAUGCCUCUGAAGAGAAGUUCAGGUCACAACUCCGAGCAUGUGGAGUCCCAACACCAGCAAUGAUACCCUUCGGGGUCAAAGCAUACGCCAAAAAGAAACAAUGGCAAGACAAGCAUCAAAUGUGGCGAACACCCAUGGUCGCAGUAUGGGUGUGGGGCCCAGCAUAUGACAUGAGCAUGACAAGCAAGGGGUACUUCCUGGAGACCAUGGACACAAACACCUUCAUGAGAUCCACGGUUAUUGUAGUACCUAAGCAAGCACCAGCAAUAGCCGACGCACAACAAGCACCUGGUGAAGCAUCACCAGGUAACAUUCCGGGCAAUCCCGGCCCUCAACAAGCAGAGGAGAACGAGGCAGUCCUUUACUCUCCAUCCAUCGGCCCUGAUGCAGACAUAGGACACGGAGGUCUACUGGAGGAAGGCCCUGACAUGGAUGGGGGAGGUGGAACUGGAAUUGGAAACACCAACACGAUGCGCCUGAACGGUAAACAAGCAGCACCCUUUUACGAUGGAAGAGAGUUUCCUCCGACCUUGAGACAAGUACAGGUCAAAGAAGAAAGAUGCGUAGCAAGAGACCCGGGAACGCUCCACACAGUGCUGAGCGUGGAAGCAGAAAUUGGAAGACUAGAAAAGACCCUGGAGGAGCAAGCAAGGAUCAGCAAGAUCGAGGUGGAAGAAGAAGUGCUCCAAACAAGGGUGAUCCCACCAGAAGAGGUGAGGCAGGAUAUGGAAGGGUGGAAGCCAGUAUUCCAAAAAGAAUACGACAUGCUGAGAGCUGGGCCGAUCACCCCCAUCUUUGAAGAAGAGAUGAGAGAACUUGAAAGGAAGCAAAUCCCAAUAGAGGUGUUGCCGGCAAAGGCAAUUGCAUCGAAGAAGCCGCCAAACAGGUAUGGAGUGGAGGGCACUGAGACAAGUGCAAUGCCAAAGGUAGAGGAUGACGAAGAUGAGGCGUUUGUGACACAGUCAACAGCUGAAGCAGAGCUUGUUGGAUACAACGAAGCGUUCCAGGUAGGCCAAGCAACAGGAGCUUUGUUGGAAGUUUUGGAAAUCAAUGUCAUGCGAAAACUGCAGGGAGACUGCAAGGCGGGCCUGGCACAACUCACGGGCGACACGGGUCCAUGGCGCACCAGGCACCUUCGCUUGAGAUCAGCGAAACUCCGAGAAGCUUUGAGAGAUCCAGGGUCAGGCUGGAGUGCAGAGCACAAGCCAGGCAUUGAGUUAGUAGCAGACGGGCUCACAAAGAGCUUGCAAGGAGCAGCGUUUCAAAGAUUUGUUGGAAUGCUGAGAAUGAGAACUGAGAGAGGAGAACAUGCAAUAGGCAAUGAACCAAAAGUAGCAAAGCUUAGCGUUUCACCCAACAAUGAAAUCCUCAUGAAAGCAUGUGCAGUGGUAGGAGUAGCACUGUUGCGGGAUGACGUAGUCACAGCCUGUAUUCUACUGGUAGCUGCAUUUGUUUUGAGGGUGGAGGGAAGAAAUCAACAAGACCCGGCACAAGACCGCAAAAGGAUCCCCAUAAAAAACAGUGGAGUACUAGUAUAG